UGGUUUUGGGUAGUUUUUGCCGAGUUUGAAGUUGGGCGUGGCUGGAGAUCCUGAAAGAGUGGCAAAGAACUUGUUCGAGGAUUUUAGGAUGUGUUCUUGUAUUGACUCAAUUCGACGGAGAUGUGGUACGUUUGUGCGACAAUGUUCUUUCUAAUGAGUAGAGGCAUGAGUACGGAGUUUAAUCAAAGAUUUAUACAAAAUAUCAACAUUGAGUCGGCACAAGACCUACAAAAAAUAUAUCCAAAUAACCCAUUCUUUCAAUUGGUGACGACGCGCAUUACUACCCCACAGACCACUGCCUCUGAAAUCGCAAAGUCAUCAGAAAAUUACGUGAAAUCAUCUGAUGUAUGCGGAAAGACUGUAAACAAGCCCAACACGUUGAUUGUGAAUGGGCUGAAAACCAACCAAGGAGACUGGCCAUGGAUAACAGCCAUAUUUCUAAGGAAGCAGCAAAAUGACCAAGAUUCUGUAUUUAUAUGCGGGGGAAAUCUGAUCAGCAAAUUGCAUAUUGUGUCAGCUGGUCACUGUUUCAUGCUGGAAAACUCUCAAACUCUCAACGCAAAUACUCUGGAUGCGUAUCUCGGAAUAUUCGACUUACGCAAAAAAGAUGAUCCCAACGUUCAACUUAAAAAGGUGGAGAGAAUUAUUGUUCAUCCAGAUUUCAAAUACGGAACAUACUCGGAUGCAGACAUUGCUAUUCUACGACUGAAGUCGCCGGCUGAAUACACACCGCAUGUGCGACCGAUCUGCCUUUGGAAGUGGACAACAGACUCCAGAGAUAUAGUGGGCAAGAAAGGAACCGUGGUUGGCUGGGGGCGGAGCGAGCUGAGGGAGACGCCCACGGACGAGCCGCAAGUCGUCGAGCUGCCUGUCGUGUCGCAGGAGGAGUGCCGCCAGAGCGACCCCCGCUUCCGAUUCCUCACGUCGCAGCGGACGCUUUGCGCCGGCGCAAGGGACGAUUCAGGACCAUGCAAUGGAGACAGUGGAAAUGGACUGAUACUAAGAGUGAAGGAUGACAGUGAAUUUAGAUGGUAUUUGAGAGGAUUAACCAGCACUUCGCUUCUGGAUAAAUCUCGCAACGUUUUGUGUAAUUUAAAACAAUAUAUAAUAUUCACGGAUGUUGCUCAAUACGACCUGUGGUUAAAAAAUGUCUUAACAGAAGAAUAAUAACAAAAAAGGAUACCGUAUGAUAUAUAAGAAUUACAAAAUAUUUAAUUUAUAUGGAGAAGUUGUUGUACCUAUUACAUGUGAGUAUUGUGUAAUUUAGUGCAAUAUAUAAUAUUUACGGAUGUUGCUCAAUAGAAUCUGUGGUUUAAAAUGUCUUUAUCGAAGAAUAAUCGCAAAAAGAAGACCGCAUGAGAUAUAUGGAUUACGAAACAUAUAAUUUAUAUGGGGACGGUGUCGUACCUAUGACGAGUACCUUGGACCUUACAAUGAUUUAGGCUUCACCUAUUGAGAUAGUUUAAAACCAAUUUCUGUAACUUGUUGACUUGCCAGUCGAGAUACAAACUAACUUGUAGUUGAUGAGCGAUGCAGAGUUUCUUGGGAGAAAAUAGAACUACGUUCCACCUAAUGAAAGUAAAUUCUGUAUAUACUGCCGCAUCGAUUAGGGUCUAGGGUUUGUGUUCGAAAGGUGGUAGAUGUUUCACUCUAGGUAAAAGGUGAAUUCG